GUGAUGUGUGCUGUGGAUCCAGUGAGCAGAUCUUAUUUGCUGGUUCCUCCAGUGGGCGGAGUAGCAGAGCUCUGCCUGGCCGCGUAGCGCUGCUCUCAGCUCCGCUUCGUCUACUCGCUGUUACCUCUCUCACUCAUGCAGGCUCAGCCGUAGCUCAUGGACUAGCCGGAGGUCUGGUGGUGGACUGUAUCAGGCUUGAAGCGGGACUGGGGUGACCAUGGCUGCCAAAGAGGACCUCUACAGUAAAAUUAUCCCUCGGAGGCUCCGACAGAACCGGCCGGGCUCAGUGAAAUGUGGCUCAAACUUGGACGUGCUGUUAUCCAUGGGCUUCCCCAGACCAAGGGCACUGAAGGCUCUGGUAUCAACAGGAGGUCGGAGUGUGCAAGCAGCAUGUGACUGGCUGUUUUCCCAUGUCGAUGACCCGUUCCUGGAUGACCCUUUGCCCAGGGAGUUUGUCCUCUACCUGCGACCCAGUGGACCUCUACAGAACCAGCUUUCCCACUUCUGGCAACAGAGUCGGGUCACGUGUGGCAAAAACAAAGCCCACAACAUCUUUCCCCACAUCACCCUCUGCCAGUUCUUCAUGUGUGCAGACCACAAAGCAGAAGCUCUAGGCGAGGCCCUCCUGGCCACUGUCCAGCAGUGGCGGGGUCGAUUUCCCAGCCCGCUGCCUCUAGAGCUCUACACAUCCUCCAACUUCAUCGGCCUUUUCGUGGAGGAGCAGGUGGCCGACAUCCUCAAGCAGUUCGCGGCUGACUUCGCGACAGAAGCCGCCAGGAAGGCAGAAGUCCAUGUGGAGCCACAUAAGAAGCAGCUCCACGUAACUCUGGCCUACAACUUCCCCACGAAUCACCUCCCAUCACUGGAGAAACUGGCCAAGGGCAUCGAAGUCAAGCUCGGCUGUGACUGGCUCGCGGUCCUGUUCUCCCGGGACAUUCGAUUUGCAAACCACGAGACCCUGCGGGUGAUGUACCCUUACUUGCCUCAGAACGAGGACGAGCUGGAGCUGGUUCCUGGUGAUUUUGUCUUCAUGUCUCCGGUGGAUCAGAGCAGCACCAGUGAGGGCUGGGUGUACGGGACCUCGCUGGCCUCUGGGCUGUCUGGCCUGCUGCCUGAGAACUACGUCAGCCUGGCCGAUGAGUCGGACACCUGGGUCUUCCACGGCUCCCAUUCAUUCUUCAGCUGUGGGCCCAGUGACAGGACCAGUAAGGAGAGAGGGAUGUUUGAUGGGCUGCUGGACAGCCGACGCCCUGAUAACACGAGCCCUGGAGACCCACCAACCCUCAGUCUCAUUUGCCAUCCGAUGCAGCAGGUCCUGCGGAUCAGUGGGAGUCACUCUCGGCAGCCCAAGAGGACACUUUUUGUGUGUCGGCACGGUGAGCGGAUGGACGUGGUGUUUGGCAAACACUGGCUCUCCCUCUGCUCCGACAGUAAAGGCAGAUAUGUCCGUUCCAACCUGAACAUGCCUCCCAGUUUGCCGCUGUGGGGAGACAAGAGAGACUACGACAUGGACGCUCCCAUCACUGUGUUCGGAUCCACGCAGGCUCGACUAAUCGGUGAGGCCCUGUUAGAGAGUAACACAGUGAUAGACUAUGUGUACUGCUCUCCCUCCUUACGAUGCGUCCAGACUGCACAGAACAUCCUGAGAGGUCUGCAGCAGGACGGUAAGCUGAAGGUCAGAGUGGAACCAGGGCUUUUUGAAUGGACCAAGUGGGUUUCUGGGAACUCUCUGCCUGCAUGGAUACCUCCCACUGACCUGGCUGCAGCCCACUUCAGUGUGGACACAACAUACAGACCUCUGAUUCCAGUCAGCAAGCUCACCGUGUCUGAACCCUACGAGACCUACAUGAGCCGGAGCUACCAAGUGACCAAAGACAUCCUGUCAGACUGCAAAAACACUGGAAACAACGUGUUGAUUGUAGCCCACGCGUCUUCCUUAGAGGCCUGCACACGCCAGCUGCAGGGCCGCGGCCCACAGAGCGCCAAGGACUUCAUCCAAGUAGUCCGAAAGAUCCCCUACCUGGGCUUCUGCUCCUGCGAGGAGCAGGGAGACACGGGGGUGUGGCAGUUAGUGGACCCUCCCAUCCUCCCCCUCACACACGGACCAAACCACAGCUUUGACUGGAGGGAGACGCUUCUGCAAGAAUGACAUCUGUCCAGUCUCAACAUCUGCCCAACCUGAUCAUACUGUACUCCCACAGACCAGUAAAAAGUCACCACACCAGUGCCCCCCACCACCCCCACCCCAAAAUACUGGAACUUUGUCCCCUUCGGUUUCUUCACACAGCUGCUGGUUUAACAGUGAUGGAUGAAGAAGCUUCCUGCCUGAGGAUGAGGAGCAGAGUCCCAGCCGGUGAAUGGUUGGUGAACUGACUGCAUCUCUCUGACGCCGGUUUCAACAAAUGUCCACGCUCAAAUUUUAUUGUGUUAUUA